AGAGCUUGCGUGCAAUGAGACUGAAAAACCACUUCAUCGCCACUUCCCCAAAUUUCUGCACACAGCUCAUCUUUCUGUCCAUCAGAUGGUCAUAUUUCUCUUUCUGACAGACAAAGCAGAUCGGCUCAGCUGAUGGACAUGAGGUCUCUGUUGUUACUAUCAGUGUUGGUGGCUCUCAUAAGGGAAGGCGAGGGACAGAAUCUAACAGUUACUCUCUUGCCGAAGUUCCCACAGGUGUUUGUUGGAGAUGACGUCACUCUGAUCUGUAACUGUAAAGGAGGGAGUAAACCAACAACAUGGAUUUUUAACGGAGCAUCACAAACACAUGAGGAUUAUUCAAAGCUUCUUAUUGCAGUAACUCCAAAAAACAACGGGGUGUAUGAAUGUGUGCAGGGUGGAAAGAGGAGUGACCCAUACACACUCACUGUCCUGAAUCUUGAGCCUCACGCUCAGCUCUCUCCAUCUGUAGGAGGUGCUGUGAUGAUCAAAGGAGAUGGAAGAAACCUGGUGCUGCAGGCGGACGAUGAUCUGAAGAACUGGUCUUGUUUUGUGUUGAGGGGAGUGAGCACCUUCAGUCUAGCACUCGAUGUUGAUGAGAAGAUGAACAGAGCUGUUAUAUUUGCAGAAUUAAAGGAGGCAGAAAGAGCCACUUUCUUUUGCAAGAAAAAGAAAGCAGAUCUUCGAAGCAAUGCAGUGACGCUGAAAAUGACAGAGCUCAUGGUGAUGUUGGUUCCUCCGGCCAUUCCUGCGCUGCAGGGGGAGCCUGUGGCUCUCAGGUGUGUAGUCUGGGGUGGACCGCUGGAAAAGGCCAUCUUCUAUAAGGAUAAAACACCAAUACAGAGCUCAGCUGAAGACACAUACACCAUCACCAAGGCCAAACAAAGUGAUAACGGCAACUACAGCUGCCACGCCACCUACAGGUUCAGCCACAUCAGUGCAGGAGCUGCACGGAAGGAAGGAGAUUCUGAUGCUCAGGAGUUAAAAGUUAUAGGUGGACCUCCUGCUGCUGUGAUUUCAGAGUCUAGUAACGGUCUGCAGUGUUCCUGCCCUGACUGUCCUGCCAACUGCACAUCCUACCACUGGUAUCACACACCCUUAAAUGACCCAUUCACGCGCAAAAAACUAUCUGAAAGUAAUGGGUUAAUCACUGUAAAAGACGUAGGACAGUACAAAUGCAGGAAGGAGUGUGGGAAAGGUUUCUCACGUUUCAGCAACAUCUACAUCUACAAAGAUACUGCACACUUGAUGCCCAUCUUGUUGGCAGCGAUUCUGAUCUUUCUCGGGCUGUUGAUCGUCUUGCUGAUCGCGCUAAAACGCAGACGUGGAGGAAGCGCCAUCCAGGAGACCGAACGGGAUAAAGACAAGAAGACAGGUGGAGACUAUGAGCAAAUCCAACUCAAGGACAAGGAUAAGGCGGUUUACCACACCCUGGGCGAGAGCACGAGCAAGGACCGAGCCGAGGGGGGUUACGAACCCCUACAAAAGAGGGAGGAGGAGGGGGUGUACCACACAGUAGGACCUGAAGGACCUGGAGAGGGUCAGAGUGAAGGUAAAGGUGGGUACGAGGCUCUUAAGAGCGUCAAAGCCGAUGUGUACCAGACACUGAGUUCAGACGACUCAAAAAAGCCAGCAGGAGAAGCAGAGGGAGGGUAUGAGCAGCUUCCUCAGAAAGACAAAGAUUAUGAGGCCGUGACAGUGGAGGACAGUCCAUACGAAGAAGUGAAGAAACAGACUGACAAAGAGAAAGAAUAAGGAAAUCUGGGAAACAAUAAGCACCAUAAUAAUCAAAUGGCUGUUUAGUCAUUGAAGGCAAUGCAGUCUUUCUAAAAAACCUUGCCAAUAGUUAAAACAGUUAAUCUAAUGCAGGUUCAUGUAUUAAAUGUAAUGUAUAGGGAUACUUGGUACUCCGCCCAAAAAAUGUACACACACAUUAUUUGUAAUGCAAGAGUACCUCCAAAACU